AAGGAAGUUCCGUUUCGAUUUCCUUCAAAUGUUCGGUUGUUAUGUCACUUUGGUCCGGUCUUCUGACGACUUGCUAAAUUGUUACCACAGCAAGGCAACUUGACAACCAGCUAACAUAACUUGAAAUUACCAACAUAAUUAUUUGAAAGCAAUUUACUUGUUUUAUGUGAUUUUAAGAAAGUCUCCUGUUGUUGUUUAACAACAUCAGCUCCAAAGGAAAAGAAGGAACAGCAGCAUCACAACAACAACAUUAGUAAGAAGAGUGAUGAGCGGCCAUGUUUGCCUGCCAGUCACUGCGUACAGCCGACCUCCACUUACUCACUUCUUCUACAUGUUCUUAUAUUCUACACACUUAUAGCCAUCCAGUCAAGCUGUCCAUUAGUUCGGCCCAACACUGUUGUUUCUGUAAUCCACACUGCUACACACCUCCGCUGUCUCCGCCACCCGUCACUGACAUUUCACCCUUUCACUAAAAACAUCUUUACAGACAUGUUGCAUAUUUAGCGCUUACUUCUCUCGCCGUUGUCAUUCGUUGCCUCUUUUACUACUGGCACCCUGCAACAACCCAAUGGAUUACAUUAUAUAUACAUGUAUAUAUGAAUGUAUGUUAUUACAUAGCUAUUUGACUUUGUGGACAGACCCUGCGAACGGACGUACACCGAAGGAAUGAAGGCUUCUCUGUAAAUAAUAUACAGUACACACACAUAUAAACGUGUGUGCUUGUAUAUAACAUACAUAAACUACAUUGUGGUAAAUAGUAACGCUACGUGGAGGAGAGUAUCUACCAGUUAUAUAAUUAUAUUUGUGUGUGAACAAGGCGAGAAGGAAGAAGUGAAUACGGAAAGUAAAUAUUUUUAUUGGAAAUUGAAACUUCACAAAUCGUUACUCCGAGUUUCCUCGUUUCCCAUUUUUACUCACACAUGUAUGAUUACUCGGGGUUUACUCUUUAAUGAAGUAUAUGCGAAUUCAUUACUAUUAAAUCAAAACUUUAGUUUUGUAUAUAUUUACAAGUUGUGUAUAUUGUUUUCUUUUUCUGAAAACAAAGUAAAACACGACAAAAUCCCAAUCAAAAUUUCUAUCUUUACUAAAACCACACUGAACAAGGUUGAUUCGUAUCGAACUUGACCCAUCGAUCUUACUAAAUGUUGUUGAAGUUUACUGUUUUUAUUGUUAUUCUGUGAGAUUAAAUCACUAUUUAAAAGAAACAAAAGUUUGAGAGAGGAAAGUGAUUUUUUUUCUUUAUAUUUUCCACAUUGCAUAAAUAUAUUGAAAGAAAAUAUGAUACAUGAAUAUUUUUUAACAACAUUAUAUCGAAGGAUCACAGCAAAUGGAAUUAACAGCUUUUAAAUACAAAUUGUAAUUUCAGUUGUAUUUCAAUAAUUCCAGAUGAAAUCCUUUUUAUAUAGAUGUGUGAAAAAAAACAAAAAAACUUCGAUCUGAUUUAUGGCAAAUGUUUUCAAUGAAGCUAUUUAAAGCUGGGAAAGACAGUCUCAGUUUAUUUUACAUAAUUAUUAAACAACAGAAUCCUUAUAUUACCUUCUCUUAACACACAACUCCUCUUUUUCUCUCUCUCACAAAUAUCGCUAACACUUACAUACACACCCUCUUCAAUAAACACAUCAUUUACAACGUCCCAUAUUCCCACAGUUUCUAAGUUUGCAGUCUUAUUUAGGAUUACCUUUCAAACUUAAUCUUCAAUUUUCAUCUCAAUUUCUACUCUAUUAAACAACUAAACUAUUAUUGUUGUUGCGUAUAUAUAUAUAUAUAUAUAUAUUGAGAGACAACAACGUUAUAGAGAUGUUUGUUUUACCUUGGAUACGUCUCACCAGGAACACCAUGAUAUAACUGUUAACGUUUUUGAGAAAUAAAUGUCUGAAUGAGAAGCGUCGGCGAGAGCAGGAAAAUACUUAUAUCGAAGAACUUGCAGAGUUAAUCUCGGCAAGUGUCACCGAUAUGAGCUCAUUCUCAGUGAAGCCUGAUAAGUGUGCAAUACUGCAAGAAACAGUGAACCAGAUCAAACAGAUCAAAAGUGAGAGUGAGACCAGUGACGCUGUUCAACAAAGCCAAGUAUCUUCUAGUAAGCCAUCAAUUGUACCUAUUACCACUGAGAGAAUAGGACCAUUAAUACUGGAAGCUCUUGAUGGUUUUGUCUUCUUUGUCAACUGCCAAGGCAUUGUAGAACAUGUCUCAGAAAAGGUCUCUCUUUACCUCAAAUACACGCAGGAGGAACUGAUUGGGAAAAGUAUCUACAACAUUAUCCACGUUGGUGACCAUGCCCAAUUUAGCGGCAAACUACUUCCUAUGUCCUAUGGCGGCUCCAGUGCUUGGCCAUCAGACAACUCUGCUGCGAAAGGGAAGACUUUUUUCUGUCGGAUGCUGAUCAAGCCUUCAGGUGAAGACAGUAGUGAUGAUGCCCAAGUGGAACAUAUGCAGAUAUCCACUGCAGUUCAACCCUGCAUUGGGGAAAAGUUUUCAGAUUCUCAAGAGGAUUCAGAGCGGCAGUCUUGCUUACUUUGUAUAGCUAGGCGGGAUAAAACGCAUGAUAAGAUGAGUGCAACCAUGAAAAAAUUUACUACAAAACAGGAUUUAAAUGGAAAAAUUAUUGCCUGUGAUGCAAGUCAAAUCUCAGGAAACCAUAAUAAAUUCUCAGACCUUGUUGGACGUCGACUGCAAGAUCUAUGUCACAGUAGUGAUGUGCCGAAUAUAAAGCAACAUUUGCAGGAUGUCUUACAAAAUGGACAGCUCAAAAGCAAUGUUUUCAGGUUCAAAUUACAAGAUAAUCAUUUUGUCAAUACUCAAACUACAAGCCGUUUGUUUACAAACCCCAUUAGUAAUGAGGCUGAAUGCAUAACCUCAACACAUGUUAUUCUUAGAGAAAGUGAUAAAGAGACAGAUUUAAGACACCUAGGAAAUGCCUUGAAAACCAUCAUCAACAGCAACCCCUCAUACCAACAUUUACAGCAACAGGAUCAAAGUGGUAGUGGCAUGAUGCCACCAGCACCUUCCCCUUAUCCAGGGGAAACUGGGUCCACUGUGAACAUGAACCCGGAUGGCAUGGAUGUACAUGUUGGAAGCAACUCAAACAGUCGACUAGGCUGGGAUAUUUUCAAUUCACAUCAACAGUCUAUAGACAACAGCAUGUCCAAUAUGUCAUACGGUACCCCAUCUGUUGCCGUGAUGGCUAUGGGGGGCUUCAAUAUUGCUAGCACGGCAUCGAAUAAUUCCUGGACCAAUGUGUCUACUUCUCGCACUGCUCACAAUUCUCAAAUGCAGAACAUGAUUUUAGCCAGCCUCGUGGGAGGUGAACCGGCUAGUUCAAUGAAUAAACAUUUAUCAUCUUCAGGAAACUUCCAGCAACAGCAGCAGCAGCAGCAACAAACCACAUUUGAUGGUGUGAGAAUGUCUAAUUUUGCUGCUCGUGGACCUAGUAUCGGUGGAAAUCGGCAUCGAAAUAUUAACCCUUCUCAUAUAGGUGGGCAACGCUCUCUUAAUUCAACUGGAUACCCAGCCCAAAGAAACCCUAUACUUUAUCAGUUUCAGAGGAAAAAUAAUUUACCUGCUGUAUCCUCUGGUGUAAUGACAAGUCAACAAUCUGCUUGGAAUCAUCCUGCAGAAUAUUCAUCUUUGACAACCUCAGCACCCCUAUGUAGUUCACAGACAAACACUUUCAACAGUCAGGCCUCAAACCGUUUGUGUAGUGACCCAAAUUUAAUAAACAUAAAAACUGAUGCUCAAAGUAUUGGGGAUAAGAAAACAAACCAACGUCCUGCCAAACUCUGCCAGCUGCUAACACAGAAUACUUCUCCUGAUCAAAGUAUUGUGAAGUCGGAAUUGUCACGAGAUGAAUCAGGUCUUGGCGAAAAUUCCAAGUCUUGUCUUAAAUCUCCCGGCAGCAGUGUGGACCAGUCUCCUCAACCAGGGCCUGGUCAGUCUCCUCAGGAAAAACCCCAGAGCACAUCUGGAAAUGAUGAAAUGGACCACCUAGGUAGUGGAGGGGUGAAUGCUGCAACACCAGCUGAUAUCAAACGGUCUGACCUUAUCCUCAAAAAGUUACUCAGUAUGGGAGAAGAGGAUUCUUGUUCAAAGCGGCAUGACUCGGAUGGUAUUCAUUCACCGAAUGAUAACUGUGCAAUGGAAGUAGACAAAAAUGAAGCUGAGCCAAAAAAAUCUGUGAAUAAUGAUGAACUUCUUAAGCAACUACUAAGUGAUGACCACCACGCAACAUCAGAGGCUGGUAAAGCAGAGAAGAAUGCCAACAAAGAUCUACUUCAGAAGCUGUUGCAGGAGGAGGAGGAGGAAGAGCUGAAGGGGACUGCCCCCGCACAAAGCACUAGUCAAGACCAGGAUAUUUCUACUCGUCACCGUCAUGUAUCUGGGCCACAAUUUCCUACUACCACUCACACAGGUCUGCCAGAAUCCACUUCAGGUGUCCCUCACCGGACAAGUUUUGAUGAUUCUGUGCUCAAACCGUCCGACAUGAUUAAAUCGCAAGCCAAUGUUGAUACUUUCAGACCGUUAAACUGUCUAAUAAAUUUCCUGGAUAAAGAUCAUGAAAAAAUGAAAACAGAAACUCGUUUAAAAGCUGUUAAACGGAAAGCAUCAUUCGACAGUGAUUCUGACAUGUUGGACACAGAACCGACUACAUCGGCCGACAUGCCAAGUAAAGUGCUCCAGCGUAAUGUACUCCUUGCUCAACUUCUAUCGAGAAAAACCAAUCGAGAGAUUGUUGUCAAUACACAGAUCACUGCCAACCCAACAGCAGUACCUGUACCACGGAUGCCUAAAAGUGAAAAGGUUCUUCAAAUGAAAACAUUAGAGAAGAAAACUAGCAGUGAUGUGUCAUCAACUGAGGGAGACAAGGACAGUAGUGUGAACCUUUAUGAUAGUCCCAGGUCACUGACUGACUCAAACUUCCAAAAUUCAGUAGUAGACUCUAGUAAAGUUGUUUCCACAGAGAAUAACCUCUACACUAAUAAGCAGGUUUUCACAUCCAUAGCAUCAAACUAUAAUGUUACAUCAGCAUCAAGUUCUUCAGAUCGGUUCAGUGCUAGCCCAAAUCAACUGCAGUUGGCUCGACCAUUACCACCAGCUUCAAAUGGGAGUAAGCCAGCUGAGGAUACUUUAAAGAAGGACUCCAAAGAUGUUCUUUUAGCACAAAUUUUGCAGCAAUCUGUUGAUCUUCAACAAGAUCUCCAUGAAGCUCAAAUGCAUGCCACUGGCAGUGUAAUGUCAGGCAUGGCAGGUGGUGCAGUGGUGAGUUCGGUAGCUCAACCUGUACGGACUGCAUCAAGUGAUCUAAAUCAAGACGAUGCUAUUUUAUCUCAGCUUGAGCAAGUCUUUUCAGAUAACAGCCUUUCAAUAUCUGAAAUAGAAAAUUCCUUGUUUAAUUCCUCCAGCCAACCUAUUAGCAGCAAUGAUAUUCUUGAAAAGAAAGCAAUAAAAGCAAUACAGAAAGAACUGAUGAUGCUAGAUCCAAUAGCAGGAUAUUCUGACGGUCAGACACCAGUUGUAGGAAACAAAGCUGUUGGUGUGAUGGGCCAAGGCCAGUUAACAACCAGUGUAGCUGGUGUUGUACCUUCAUACAGUCCCGAUGUAAAUCUUCCUCCUCUUCCUCCUCCUCCUCCUCCUCCUCAGCAACAGCAACAACAAGCUCUUUCAAUGCAGGAUAUAAGUAAUUACCAGCACUUAGCUCAUCCUAACAUUAACCUGGCUGUUACUGCAGCUGCAACUCAGCAGUCACCACAACAACCACCACCACCUCCACCACCUCCUCCUUUUAGCCAGGCUGGUUCUCCUUAUGGACAGGCAUCACCUCAACUGUCACAGGCACCAUCUCAAGUGCAAUUGCGAACUGGGAAUCUUUCGGCCCAAGGUCCUCGCUCCAUGGCUCCUGCCAUCACUGUGGCUAGUAGACAGGCAAUAACAGAGCAACAGCAGAAGAUGAACCGAAUAAGAAAGAGACAGCGGAUGCAGGAUGAACAACAACACUUUUUAACAAAGCAACAGUCACCAGUUUCUUUUCCACAGAUGUUUGGGCCAAGAUUUCCACAAACAAGAAUGGAAUCCACCACAGUGCAACCAUUCCCUGAAAACUUGGCCGAGUUGAUGAAAAGUGGCAACGCACCUAAUGUCACACUGCAGCGGAACCAAAACUUACCAGAGCCGAUGUCACCUCGCUAUAGCAGUAUACAACGGCCACAGCAGUCCGUGAGCCCUAUGAUUGGUCCUGUGUCUUCUCCCUCACAACUGUCCCCUCACUAUACUCAGUCCACUCCAAACCAGUGGAAUGCUCGUACAUCACAGACCGCUGCAACUCUCCAGGGAUCACUUGACCGAGGAAUGCAUCAGGGCAACACUCAGUUCUCGGCAGUUCAACGUCAUAGGGCAAUGUCAGGCAAUUCAUUGGCAAGUCCUAUGCCUCAAGCUGGCAAUCACUUUCAUUUCCCACCUGAUUCCCAGUUUCCUGGUUCACAGGGUCAGCUGUCAGUCUACAGCCCACAGUCACAACAACAACAACAACAGCAACAGCAACAACAACAACAACAACAGCAGCAGCAACAACAGCAGCAGCAGCAUCAACAUCUAUAUGCUCAAAGCAGAAUUAUGCAUCGGCAGCUGAGCCUUCCCCCAGGUCGAGGAUCACCACGUAUGCCCCACAGCCCUUUUGGAAAUAGCCCUGAUUCUAUGUUAUUAUCCCCUCACCUAUCACCCAAUUCAGGGUUACGGCCAACGCAACAGACCCCCAACAGUCAAGUGAGCCCCACUUUUAAUUCCAACUACCCUUCACCUCAGAGUUUGUCAGGAGCUGCACCACCGCCGCCACCAGCAUACACCCAGCCAACUCCCACACCGACCUCAAUAUCUACAGAUGGUUUGUCUAGUUUUGAAAUGCAACUGUUGGAACAUACAAACUUACCGACGACUACUGACAGUUUGAAGGCCACCACAAGUGCUGAUUUAGGAACCACCAUGCCUGGUGCUUCUUCAAAGUCCCAAUAUGUGAAGCAAGAGAUCCGCAACUUUUGUAAUGCCAGAUCAGAGAAACAAUCCCAACAGCAACAGUUGCAGCAGCAACAGCAGCAGCAGCAACAACAACAGCAACAACAGCCGCCGCCACCUCCACCUCCUGAUCUGUCACUUGCCACUCCCCGUCAUUCACGAGCGCCUGAUAUUCCAUCUCAAGCGCCAAUGAGCACUGACCAACACACUCAUGAUAACGAUCUCAAUGAUCUGUUACAGAUGUAUUGUGAGGAAGUCCUGAUUCAUUCUGUAGCAUUCAGUAAACCUAUUGGCAAUGCUGUCACUACUAGUGCCACCACCACCUGUGUCAUCAACAGUGAAAUGCCCCAGACUAAUGUAUCACCAGCUCCCCAAACCUCAAAGCCAUCCUAUAACACACCAAUAAAAGAGGAAGUUACUCCAUCAAGCAUUGUUAACCAAGAUGCACGGCAGCUGUGUGCCCGGUUUAGAGCAACUGUUGGACCCAAUGGUGACAGUAGUAAAGCUGAUGCAUUAUUCCGAGCUCAGUUGUUGAGUGGAACUAAUAACAAUCGAGGAGGCAGCCAGUCUCCAGUUAAAGGUGUUCUACCCCAAUCUCCAAAUAUGAGUGGUAAUAUUGUCAAUGUUAUACAAGGUGAACAUAGGCCAUGUGAAGAUAGAAAAGCAGAUUCAAAAGGAGGAGGAGGAAGUCUUCUGGAACAGUUACUGUCAGAUAAAUGUUAACACAAAUCAAAUGUUUAUAUUAAAAGGAAAAAAUUAUUCAAAAAAAAUACCGAAAAAGACCAAAAAUUGAGGCCAGUGAUUGUUAAUGAACUAGUCUUUGCAUUUCCUGCCUAGUGAUUGUUAUCUGGACAACCCUGGGAGUUUGUCAGGCUGAAGAGAGAUCUAUUGACACCAGCUCUCCGCAGAUGUCAGUUGCUCUAAUAGUGAUGUUAAAGCCAGCUCACUGCAACCACUCACUCAAGAAUGUGAUGGGUUAAGUUUAGCCCUGUCUUAACUUGCCGACCAGAACGGUGAGACCAAUGACACUGCCAACAGCAGCAAAGCUUUCCUGAACACAGCCAAGUUGAUAGACUUGCUUCAGUCUAAUGACAACUUGAGAAAGCUUAAGACAGAAGAAAUAAAUAUUAAUAAGAAAUAUUGAUAAUAAUAUUAAUAAUAAUUAUAAUAAUAUAUUAAUAAUAAUAAUAAUAUAAAUAAAACACAAAAAAAUUGUUUAUCCUUUUUCUGUUGAAACAUUGAAAAAAAAAUUCAAACACACCGCCAAGUCGGAUGAUCACUUCACAAUUUCAAAUAAAAAUUUUUAAAAUAUAUAAAUAAAAUAUGAAAGAAUGAAAAAGAAAAAACUGGGGGUAAGUAAACCGAUUGAGGCUGUGUACAGGGGGUUUGUUGGUUGUUGUAUUGCAAAGUGCCUGCAGCUCAAGUCUACUCAGUGCCACUGCCCUCACCUUUUUAUUAUUUUGAGAAUAUGUAACCAUGACAGUUUUCUCUCUGCCCCUCUCUUUCUCUACUCCUCUUUCUUCUUCUUCAACCAUAAAUCUGUUACAAUUUCUCAUUGGAGAACAAAAACCUAACAAAGGUCUUCAUACAUGUACACACACAUACACACAUGUAUAUAUGAAUAAGACAGACAAAUGAAGAUUCCAUAGUGGGGGGAGGAAGUGUGCACUGCCAGAAGGAAACAAAAAUAGGUGUGUGUCUAUCUAUCUAUCUAUCUAUCUCAUAUAUAUAUAGAUAGAUACAUACAUUCACACACACAAAUUCACACACAUACAUAUACACACACAUACAUACACAGAUUCUGAGGACUCUGCAGCUUCUCUCGGGUUUAAUGCCAUCAACACUUGUUUGGCAGAGAUCAGUUUUUGUUUGUUAAUGCACCCCAACCCAUUCACUCUCUAAACCCCCAUUCCCUCUCUCUUUUGACCUCUACCCUCCACCCCAAUGUUUUAAGUGAUGUAAAAUGUACAGAAAGUAACAAAAACUGUGACACUGCAUUGAUAAUGAAAGUUAAUUGUUAAAAUAAAUCUGUUUCACUGAUCAUGCCUGAAUAUACAACAAAAUUUCUAUUAAUCUGUUGUAUAAAAUUUCCAUGUAUGUAAGUAAAUCUUUGUGUGCAUGUGUGUGUGUAUAUUUGUGUGUAUGUGUGUGUUAUAUGUUUUUUAUAUAUAUACACACACACACACACACACACACCUGUUUUAUUUAUGUUAUAUACACUCAUUUAUACUCACACUCACUAGUAAAUAUUCUUUAACCUGUUAAGGCACAUUGUAAGGGAACAUCUGGUUUCCUUGCUGCCUUCUCCACUGACCCAUGGGAAGAUCUGAGCUCAGUACUGCAGACCAACAGAACACUUUACAUAGUGCUUCUGUUAGUCAUCUUAGCAGUGCACUUGCCUCCACAUGGAACUGAUGAGCAGUCAGUUAAGUGUCACUUUGUCAAGUAUACAGUUUUGCACUAUUGACAGGAUACGUUCAUCUACCUGCCAUUCAUUAAAUAUAGUAGAUUAACGAGUUGUCAAGGUAAGCAUGUAUACAAUAUACAGCGAUGUGAAUGUGUUUGUUGUAAUAUAUAUGUGUGUGUGUGUGUGGUGUGUGUGUGUGUGUGUGUUUUAGAGUACAGAUUGCUAUGGUGUAACAUCACUCAGUGUAUGAAUGGAAAUGUGUGGGGCGGGGGUAACAACAACAAUUAUGAUUCCAGCUGCCCUGGUAAUAAUAUUCACGUUUUGUUGUUAUGUUUAAUUUUCCUUUAUUUUACUUCAUUUUUUUUAAUGUCUCUUUAAACAAUGGGAAAAGACUUUAACAACGAAUUUUAUUGAUAAGCCUCCCUCAUAAUGAUGGUUCCCCUCUCUCUCUCUCUCUCUCUAACUUCCCCUUUUAUCUGAAAUAUAUUUAUUGCCAAGACACACGACAGCUCACAUACAAACACACACACACAGACAUACACACACAUGCCAUGUACAGAAUUGGUUCAUAAGUUAAACACAGACAGAUAUAUAAACUGCAGUUUGACUACAUAUAUUUGUACAGAAAGUAUUUAGCACAGUUAUACUAAAUUUUUAUCAGGUCUCCUUCCCCCCACACAUACAUACACAUACAAACACCUCUCUAUCUCUUUCUCUCCUUCUCUCCCUCUCUCUUAAAUGUUCUAUUAAUCUUAUUUCACCAUGUUUCCUAAUAUCAAGAUUUUUCAACAAAAGGAGAAAAAGAAAUUAAAAAUACUGAAUUCACAUUUUAUGGAAUUUUAUCUGCAAUUCUCGAAUAUUAAAAGAAAAUUUUUUCAAAAACAAAAAAGGAAAACUCCUCCAGCCCCCUCCCCACAACAAACUAAACUUGAGCCCUAUGUUCAGAAGACUCGAUUUAUAUGUUGAAAAAUCCUUCAAAAAAUAUAUUUUGGAAUUGUUCAUGUACAUACUAAUGUUGCCUUUUUGUCUUAAAAGUGUCUAUUUCUUGUGAUUGUAUAGUUUUGUCUUACUCCCAGCACCCUAACCAACUCCCACUCAGCAGUUGGCUGGGGGUGGUGGAGAGAGAAGAAAGCUCUCCCAAGCUUGUUAUCAAAGUGAUCAUUAUAAUAAUUAUGUAAAAAAAAAAAA